AUGUCGCCAUAUCUAUUACUGUCGCUAUUUUUAACCAGUCGGCUCCUGGUUAUUGCUGCAGAUAUCCCUCCAGUGGAAGAUUACGACGUCCUACAAUACAUCAAUCCCUUGAUUGGCAGUGCCAAUGGAGGGAAUGUGUUCCCAGGUGCCUCCCUGCCAUACGGCAUGGCGAAAGCCGUCGCCGAUACAGACUCAGAAAGCAACCAAGGAGGCUUCGCCCACGAGGGCGGCAGCGUCACCGGAUUCUCCAGCAUGCACGACUCUGGCACUGGGGGUAGUCCUUCGUUAGGAAAUUUCCCUCUCUUUCCCUAUGCAAAAUGCGCCGGCGACGAUUUGAAUGGUUGUAUUUACCCGAAGAACCAACGAAAGACGAAGUACAAGUCCGACUCGGUCCAGGCGCACCCCGGAUACUUUGCUAUAGAGCUGGCAUCGGGCGUCCGGGUUGAUAUGACAACUGCGCAUCAUACAUCCCUGUUUCGCUUCCAGUUCCCAAAUGAUAAAAGCACCAGCCCAUUGAUCUUGCUGGAUCUCACUGAUCUGUCGAACUCCCGUCAGGACAAUGCGACCAUCUCGGUGGAUAGCAAAACGAGCCGAAUGACUGGUAAUGCGCGCUUCGCUCCUAGCUUUGGAUCGGGGUCGUAUGUUUUGUAUUUCUGCGUGGACUUCGCAAGCCCUGCAGCCCAGCGAGAUAGUGGUAUAUUUGUCAAUUCUCGUGCCAGUGCUGGUGUUCAUGAUUUGAAAAUCUCGCGCAGUAUCAAUGGGUAUCCGCUUCCAGGUGGUGGAUUUGUCCGCUUCAAGUCUGCUCCGGACAAUACGGUCCUCGCUCGAGUUGGCGUGAGCUUCAUGAGUGCAGAGCAAGCUUGCGCUCAUGCCGAGUCUGAGAUUCCACACUUCGACUUCAAUGCAACCCGCCAGGCAUCAAUCGACCAAUGGACCGAGAAGAUGCGUCCGAUCCGUGUUUCACGAACAAACAUCGAUGCAUCCGUUCUGUCCAAUUUCUACAGCGGAAUCUACAGGACUAUGAUCAACCCUCAGAACUACACAGGCGAAAACCCGCUCUGGAAGAGCAGCGAGCCUUACUUCGAUUCGUUCUAUUGUCUUUGGGAUUCCUUCCGCUCCCAGAUUCCAUUCCUCACGAUCUUUGAUCCUUCCUCGGUAAUUCAGAUGGUGCGCUCACUCAUCGAUACCCAGCGCCAUCUAGGCUGGCUACCAGACUGUCGCAUGUCCCUGUGCAAAGGACACACACAAGGCGGCUCUAACGCCGACAACGUCCUGGCAGACGUGUAUCUGAAAGGCCUCAGGGAUGGCAUUGAUUGGGAUGCCGGGUACGCAGCUGUCCAAAAGGACGCCGAGGAGGAGCCAUACGACUGGUCCAGUGAAGGCCGCGGCGGUUUACGCAGCUGGAAGGAUCUACACUAUAUACCCGUAGAAGACUUUGACUAUGAGGGUUUCGGCACAAUGACGCGCAGCAUCUCACGCACACUGGAGUACUCGUACAAUGACUUCGCCAUAGCGCAGAUGGCUCGCGGCAUGAACAAGACGGCCGAUGCAGAGCACUACGAAAAAAGAUCCCGAUACUGGCAAAACCUGUUCAAGAAGGACCAAACCUCUUUCUGGAAAGGAAACAACACUGGCUUCGCCGGUUUCUUCCAGCCAAAGCAUCUAAAUGGAACAUGGGGCGUCCAAGAUCCCUUAACAUGCUCGAACAUCGACCAUAGCGGAAGUGUCUGUUCACUGCAAAACACCGCAGGCGAAACCUUCGAAUCCAGCAUCUGGGAGUAUCAAUUGUAA